AUGAACAAAUCUAAAGCAAACACAAGCUACCCCACCGUCGAAACUCAAAUCCAGCGAUACCAAAACUCUGAUGACCAGAGCAUCGAUGUACACCACAUCACUACUAUCUAUGCACUGAAGCCACAACAACCACAAUGUCCUGAAGCCAUUACCACUGGAUCCAAAUCUGAUUCCACUGCCACCCUAAAGCCAACACCGUUACUGUGCCCUAAAGCCACAACCACUGGAUUUGUUGGUACCACGACUUACAUCGACCACCGCCAAAUAGAUCCACUUCAGGAAGGCGAUCAACAAGCAGAUCAGACAAAAUGGGAGAAAGAUGGGGUAGAGAGAAAUCGAUGUCAGGAAAACCUUUACAUAAUCGAUGAUAGAGGCGGAAGAGGUUUCCAGCGAGAGAGAUAA